CUAAAUGCAACCCUGUUGUGACAUAUCGCUCGUUGUAAAAGCAAAACCAGGCGCAAAAUAAAUAAAAUUUGCUCGCGUCCCCAUACAAUUCUUGUUGUACCUUAGCACAAGCAAAUCUCUUUAAAUCAAGAUGAGCUACGCAGCUGAUGUCCUGAACUCGGCCCACUUGGAGCUCCAUGGUGGUGGCGACGCCGAACUACGUCGUCCUUUUGAUCCCACGGCCCACGAUCUAGAUGCUUCAUUUCGACUCACCCGAUUUGCCGACCUUAAAGGACGUGGCUGCAAGGUGCCGCAGGAUGUUCUAUCCAAGCUGGUAUCUGCCCUGCAGCAGGAUUACUCUGCCCAGGACCAGGAGCCGCAGUUCCUCAACGUGGCCAUUCCUCGUAUUGGCAUUGGCUUGGACUGUGCCGUGAUCCCUCUGCGUCAUGGCGGCCUCUGCCUAGUGCAGACCACCGAUUUCUUCUACCCUAUUGUCGAUGAUCCCUACAUGAUGGGCAAGAUCGCCUGUGCCAAUGUGCUCAGCGAUCUGUACGCCAUGGGAGUCACCGAUUGCGACAACAUGCUUAUGCUCCUUGCCGUCAGCACCAAGAUGACUGAGAAGGAGCGUGACGUGGUCAUUCCACUAAUAAUGCGUGGCUUUAAGGAUUCUGCUUUGGAAGCGGGGACCACUGUAACUGGAGGACAGAGCGUGGUCAACCCAUGGUGCACUAUUGGAGGCGUGGCCUCGACCAUUUGCCAGCCAAAUGAGUACAUUGUGCCAGAUAAUGCUGUGGUCGGAGAUGUCCUCGUGCUAACCAAGCCACUGGGCACCCAGGUGGCCGUAAAUGCCCACCAGUGGAUCGAUCAGCCGGAGCGCUGGAACCGCAUCAAACUUGUAGUGUCCGAGGAGGAUGUCCGCAAGGCUUACCACCGAGCAAUGAACUCCAUGUCGAGGCUCAAUCGCGUGGCUGCUCGUCUCAUGCACAAGUACAAUGCCCACGGAGCUACCGACAUUACUGGAUUUGGACUUCUCGGGCACGCACAAACCCUGGCUGCUCAUCAGAAGAAGGAUGUGUCGUUUGUUAUUCACAAUCUGCCAGUGAUUGCGAAGAUGGCUGCCGUGGCUAAAGCCUGCGGCAACAUGUUCCAACUGCUGCAAGGCCAUUCGGCCGAGACCUCUGGAGGAUUACUGAUCUGUCUGCCACGCGAGCAGGCUGCCGCCUAUUGCAAGGACAUCGAAAAGCAGGAGGGCUACCAGGCCUGGAUUAUUGGCAUCGUUGAGAAGGGCAACAAGACCGCUCGAAUCAUCGACAAACCGCGCGUUAUUGAGGUUCCCGCCAAGGAUUAGAUCUUUUCCGCGUGAUCAUCCGCUUUUGUCUACCUUAAGUAUAGUAAUUUUAACGUAACUGCUGCUCCCCUCAGUUGUAACCGGCAUCAACGGUCUUUGUUUUUUAUAAAAAAGCUUAUCAACUACAGAUUCUCUGAUCACUAUAAUCAUGGACGUCGCUACUGCAAUACGAGUGAAUAAAAUGAAAACACUUGACUCUUUUGUAUCGAGUAAACGAA